CCUUGUAAUGCUGGCAAUCUGAAUCAGUAUUACUUUAUUUCUGUUAAAGUAACUGCUGCCGUAAUAGCCAACGCUUCACUCUUAACUAGCAUGUGUUUGCUUGAGCCGAAGCGAUUGGCGACAUUACCGGAAACUAAACUUUUUUUCAGAAUUUGUUUAGCUGGAGUGUGUCAAAAAAGGAAAAAGGGCGGCCGAAAGAGAAACUUUACUGUUUUUUUCAUCUGUAUACUUCCUUAUUUUUAGGGAUUACCUCAGUGCAUCGUGAUAACAUUUUUUGAAUGGUGAAACGAGGUCGUUAUUUGCAUGUUGAGAAGAAGCAGGCUGUCUUUCAAGUGAUUCGGAGUCGCGGAGCAUAGCGGAUCGCAGUAUCUUAUCAUGGAAGAUGAUGUGGAGAAAACCCUGCAGCAGCCAAAAACUGCAGACAAAAAAGGCAAAACUGGUUGGUUGAAAAAAUCAACUGGCAGAAUCCUGGGAACUUACAAAGAUCGUUACAUUCACCUCAACAGAAUUGAAGUAUUAGUUUAUGAAAAUGAGGAAGAAAAAGACUUAAUUGAAAAAAUUUGCUUGGAUAACUAUGAUAAGUGUCAUGAACUCCGAAGUACUUUUAAAAAGAAUCGCUUUAUCUUGAUUCGAUGUUUGAAACCUGGAAAUAAGGUGCCUGAUAUAAAAUUUCAAGCACAGACUGCAGAAGAGAAGCAGGAAUGGAUUAAAGCAUUUUCUGAAGGCAUCAACAAGGCAAAGAAUAAAAUCUUUGAUGAGGUCAAAGUUGAUGCAAAUUGUUCUUUAGAGCAUGUGACCCGCUCAAGGCCAAAGGUGACUCAGUCACGAAGACCACCAACUAGACUGCAUUUGAAAGAGGUUGCCAUAACUUCAUCUGAAGGUACUUUGAGGCUGAACCUUGAUGAUAAAACAGAUGAUAUCAACUAUCUUCAGGAAAAUGCUAAUUGCAUUGAGCCCUCUGGUCCCCUUCCUAACACAGUAGCUAAACCUCUUGUACCUCCAUCUAAAGAAGUUACCCCGUUAUUAGUAGAAAAUGAGGACAAAUCAAAAAUGCCUCCUAACAGGGAGGGCAGCAUUCAGGGCAAUAAUCAUGAAGAUGAUGGCAAGCAGCCUAAGAAAAUUUUGAAACCACCUAUGCCUCCUUUAAAAGAUAACAAACCCAGCUUGCAAGUAAAUACAGAGGAAGGGGAAGAUAAGCCUUUGGAAACUGAAGCAGACACUGUGGUUCCUCCAUGUCCUCCAAGUAAGGCUCUCAAACCUCCUGCACCACCAGCAGUAGAAGGUACACCAGUGCUGCCAGUGGCUGAAGUAACAACAGAAGAUCUUCCUCUGGAAAAAGACAAAACUGAUAUUGAGCCUCCAUCUCCAGCCAGUGGAGUUCUUGAAUUACAACCAGAUGUCAUAUUAACAAAUAAUCUACAAGCUGAAAAAGAAGAAAAAGUUUGUGAUGAACCCAAGAGUAAAUAUACGCCUCCUCCAUGUCCACCAAGUAAACAUCUUAAACCCUAUACUGGACCACCAAAAGAAAUCAAUCUCUCAAAAGAAAGUACAGAAGAGGAGUCCUCUCCAAACCCAUUUAGAAAAAUUGUUAAAAAUGAAAACUUGCCUUCUUUAGUUCACAAAACUAAUCCAUCUAUUGAAGAGGCGCCUAAUGAUUUUGAAAGUUUAAAAGCUCCACCACUUUCUGUUAAUGAGAAGGAAUCAACAGAAGGAAAUCUGAGGGAUACCUCUAAAAACAUAGUCACUAAAGAGCCAACUCUCCAGUCUUUGCCUGAUAAAUCUAUAGGCACACCAGUACCACCGCCUCAAGAGAUUAAACCUAUUAUUGCUGUUCAUGAUGAUAUGUUUCCAGAGCCGGGCAAUAAAAUUAUGUAUAAUUCAUCUCCAGGUAUCACAGGUUUCAAGCGUCCUCAGCCUCCUUGUAAAAUGAAUAAAUUGUCCAAUAAAACAGUGACAUUUUCAAAUUCCUCAGCACCUCUUCCUAAGCUCGAAAGUCAGUCUUUAGAAGCUGUUCAGACUAUACCCUCACUUCCUGUAUCACCUAAAAAGAGGAUAGUUAGUUCUGAUACUAUUGUAGCCACCAAGGAAGAUGGUAGCGAACCAAGUUCUUCUCAUGUGAAAGAAGAAAUUCCAAAAGGCACUUCUGAAUAUAAUUUAGGUAAAGCUGUUGUAGGCUUAUCCACAGCAUUGUGUGAAAAUCAGAAAUAUCCAGAAGUAGAAAUAGGAUGUGUAAAUGAUAACAGUCUAACACAUUCUGAGAAGUAUCCUGUUACUACAUCUGCAGAGCAUAAAACAGAAGUUAUUCAAAAUGGCAAACAAACCUUGGCACAGCAAAAAAUGUAUAAUAAGUCAGAGGGACACUUUAAAUCUGGGGUAGGACGACCUAGAUGCUCUUCACUGGGUGACCUUUUAGCAGAGUCAGAUUUCAAGGUGUCUAGUGAAGAACAGAUUGAAAUCAAAGUACAGUCUGGGAAAUAUAUCUAUGAUGAUUUGCAGCAACAGCUUAAUUUGGAAUUAUUGGAAACAGAUGAACUUUUGGAACAAAUUUCUGACAAAAGGUGCCAGUUACAAGGAACUGGCUGUGGUGCUGAGAGUUUACAAAAGACAGGAGAUGCAUCUGCGGAAAAAAUUCUUGAUGAAGCAGUGGAGAAACUUAAAAAGGCCCAAGAAUUUUUGCAGGAAGUGAAGAAUCUGACAGACACUCAAAAUUCAGGCUUGACAAGUACUAAAGAAAGCAGAAGAAGGAGUAUGUGAAAAAUAAUCACAAGUAAUUUUUGCAAGUUUACUUAAGAGCAUGUUAUGCUAGUGCUUCCAGAUAUUUUAAAGUAUUUUUAUAACAAUUAGCUUACAGCUUUUAUUGACAUUUUGCAAAGAAAUAUAAUAAUUUCAUUUACAUUUUCAAUUAAAUACAUGCCAUGUGUUUCUGUGAAAUGGCAUGUUGUAAACUGAGACAUUUAUUUUUGGACUUGAUAUUAAGUAUUUAGACACACAGUUUGUGAAAUGAUAAACCAUCUAUAAUCCAUUUUUGUGAGCACAUACAUGUGACCUGGCAAUAGUUUAUGGUUUGUGAACAUUCUCACAACUGAAAAAAGCUUUUUAGUAUAUUAUACAAUUUUUACUACAAUAUAUAUAAUAUAUUGUAAAAAUGUAAAAACAUUUUCUUGCCUUUCUCCUAUUGUGAUGUAAUGACAUAGUUAUCAAUAAGAUCAAAUAAGAGAUGAGAAGACCUCCAGCAUACAGUAUAACAUAUUUAUCCAUCCAUUCACUCAUCCGUUAAGCUACUGUACUUAGUCCAGAAUGGAUUACACACAGCUGACAGAAGUGUCAUUUGCAAAACAGAAUACAACCCUGGAUGAGUUGCUAGUCCAUAGUAUUUACUGAAAGACACCAUCUAACCUGACAUGUAUGUCUUUGGGAUGUGGAGGGAAACCACAAAGAGAUGGGGAAAAUGGGCCAACUCUGUAGGGUAAAGCGUUGAGCCCAGGGUUUGAAUUCAGGACUGUAAACCUAUGAGGCAGCACUCCAACUGUUACAUCAUACCAUACUACAAAUAGAAAAGCAAAAAUGUGAUGCAGGUUCUUACUAUAAUGAUUACUCUAUCUUACUACUUAGGAAGGUAUUAACGUCAUAUCACAUUUGUCCAAUUUAGAGUACAAUGCAUUCAUUCAUGUUUCAAAUCACAUUGUGCAAUAAAGACCCUGAGUUUGAGUUCAAUGUGAAACCAUAUGAAAACUUGACUAGUGAUUGUUGUUUGUAUAACAUAGAUAUGCAAAUAGUGCACAUAAUUUGUAGGGUAUCUAUAAAGAUCCACAAAUAUGCGCCCUUUGCAUACUUUGAUAUAAGGGAGGUGAUGUAAAAUAAUACACACCUUAACAUUUAAUUGCCAGUACAAUUUUUCCUAAUUUUCCGUAAUCCGCUCCCAUGGCAUGUUUUUCUGUUAGAGUCAACUAUAAUGAAAAAAGGAGGAGUUGCUUUUGUGCUUUGUCAUUUUAUUUAUUAUUAUUAUUAUUUUUUUUAUCUUUUAUUAAAUUUAUUAAAAGCAAAUAAUAUUACAUACGUACAAUCAAGUCAAACUUAAGACAACUAAACUCAAUUCAACCCCCACCCAUGGGAAAGAGAGAAAGGCCAACAGCGAGAGUAAAACUUUUGAGAGUAGUAAAGAGAGAAAGGAGUCUUUUCCUCCAAUAUAAAUGCUUAUUCUAAAAUGUUAUUGAUUAGAUCCUGCCAGGUUUUAAAAAAGGUUUGAACAGAUCCUAUAAGUGAAAAUUUGAUUUUUCUUAUGUUGUUUUAGAUAUUAUGUUUAUAAAGAAACAGACGGGAGCAACAAUUGGAAUUUUUAAGUGGCAUUUUCUUCCGGGCAGUUUCAGAAAGACACCUACCAAGUAUAGUACAUUAGGAAAUGACUUUGAAGACAUGCAGAAACUGUAUGUGCUCAUCUGCACUUUAAUAUUUUAGUGUCUCAAAAAGAUCUAUAGUAUUAUGUUUUGUGUCUUGUAUGUAGAGUUCCUGCACUGUCCUGAUCACAUUUUACCAAAUUUCUAGGUGGCUUAUGAAGUCUGAACUCACCUGUAUUGUGAAACUUUUCAAACCAUAUUAGCAUCAACCCUCCAUUACUAAGCUUGCAUAUAGGGCUGACAUCUAUGGUAAAUGGAUGUUCAUUACAUAUAAUGCCAUUCACUCUUGCUGUUUUACAAUAUGUCACAUUGUUUACCUGAAGGAAAAUAAGUCUGACUAUCAAUACACAAUUGUUUUGGUUUUUAAAGGUGAGCAGCAAUUUUAUGAGAUGUUGAAAUAAACAUGAAUUAUGUGUGAUAAGUCCAUGGAAAAAGCUAGUUGAGUUUAUGGGUUAAAUAGUAGUUUUAUAAAGUUUGCUCUUGAGAGCUUGAUCAUCUUCUGAAGAAUUUAUAAUCCAUAGGUUUAUAAACUACUCAUUUGGUCAUCUCAAAAGCUUGAUACCUUCUCUUGCUGAGAGGCUAUUGAAUAUGAGUGCAUGGAGUUUGCAAUCUGCUAAGUGUGUACAUAAGAUGUUGAGAGCACAUGACAUAAUGUAAAGCAAAGAACUCCAGCCAGGAUAUCAUAAUAAAAAGAAGUGAGUUUGUAGUGACCCAAGGCCACACACCCCAUUACACACCCAAAUAGCACCAUUGCAUUUCACACUUUAGGCAGGUGUGGAAAUCAACUUUGAAAAGAAUAGCACUGCAAUAGUCUGCAGAUAAUAACAGAUUCAAGUUAAGGAGGACAAAACACAGUUUGGAUAUGAUACUGCCUGCUUCUUGGAUUAAAGGUUACAUUACUUUAUAAUAAUGUGUGUUUAAUGAUUUUUGGUGCAAAUGUUUUUAUUUUAUGUUAAAUAGUAGGAAAUUAAUUGUAAAAAGUAACUUAAAGCAGAGCCAGUUUAAUCCAACUGAGGGCUGAAUUGUAUAAAAAUGCUAAAAUACAGUUUUCUGCAAGAGGAAUCAUUUUUGUUUGUUAAGCACUGAAUUAAGAGUUUAUUUGCACUGCACUCCUUCUCUGUGCCACUGUGGAAGUAUGAUGUGAAAUGCUUCUGUUAUUAGAAAUGCAAUGGGAUAAAUGUGAGGAUAUGUUAUUAUCUUAUGAAACAUUUUUAUUAUAAAUUGUAGUUCAAGGUAUUUUGUAAAUUACAUUGAACAGGCAUGCUUAAAAUUCCAGGAUAACUAAAAGAAUUGUAUGAGAGAAUGGCUUGCACUUCGCAAAUCACCGAAGUCACUAAGUCACCGAAUCACUAAGUCUUUCUAUAAAGAAGUGGUUCUUCAAUAGGGUCCAGAACAUCAGCAGACUAUAAGCAUGUUGCAUGUGAGCAAGAACUGAGAAAGACUGUAAAUUUUGUGGAGAUGUGAACAUACUAUGUUAAGCUUCAUUGACUGGUGUCACACGCCAGUCUUAGAAAGUGUUUGUUAUGUGGUAAUAGUUCAAGCCAUUUGAAAUAUUACAUCAAAGUAUUGUUUGUAUUUAACAACUGUUUCUGAGAAACACUGCUUGUAUUUUGCAAGUUCAUAUUAUCCUAGAGAGGGCUUAUGUGGUCACACUAUGUAUCACCAUUUUUGGUAAUUAUUUAAUAUAAAUAUAUUUUCAAUAUAGUGGACCUUCCUUUGCAAAAUUAAUUUAAAAUAAAAAUUAAGUAUGUAUACAUCAAACAUUCAGAGGACCCCCUAGCACUUUCUUACGUAAAAUGUUUCAUGCUUUUUCACUUAAUAAGAAACUACUGAAAUUAAUUAGCCUCUUAGAUUAUUUGGCACUUUCCAUUAAGGCACAACUGAAUACCGACUGUCUUCAUUACAUAAUAGAGUAUUCUUAAAUCUGCUUAAUUCAACUCAAUGUUGCAGGGGUUUCUGCUUAUCCUAGCAGCACUGGGUAUGAGAUGGAAAUAGUCUUGGACAGGUCCCAAAUCCAUCGGGGUACCCACUCAUAUGCACAUUAACACAGGAGUUUGUUUGGAGUUACUGAUUAUUUUUACCUGCACAUCUUUGGAUAUGUUUGAGGAAACCUACAAAGACACAGAAAUAGCAUACACAGUCAACACUGACAAAGAUCUGGUGCAGGACUCAAACCCCAAACACUGAGUCUAUGCCUGUAUUGCCAUGAUACUACCACCUGUUUUUAGUAAACCUGGAGUUAUUUGCAUAUUUUAAUUAACCCGUCUUCGUUUAUAUAGUGCCUUUGCAGCAUUACAAAGCAAUUUGUAAAGCAAAAGAAUGCAGUACAUAUUUCUUAUGUGAAUUCCAAAGGCAACUUGAAAGAGAUUCUCUUAGGUUAUUUUCUUUACGUGUGCUUUUGUAGAUAUAUUGUAUUGUUGUUAUAUUAUUAUACUAUUUUUGGAGUUGUAAUUUGGAAAAUCUUAUAUUAAAAACACAUUGUGUGCACUGGAAUAUCCUUAUGAAUAAUGACUACUUCUAAAAAAAGAAAUAUUGCACAUUGAACCUCUCAUUGUAUAAUGACUGUUGUGUAAGGUUAAAACUCUUUAGCUUUUACAUAUUUUAUUGAAAGUCUCCUGAAAAUGUUUGUAGCAUAGACUUUGAAAUCAUAGUGUUCACUGUCUAUAUGCUUUAGCCAGAGGUGUUUAGGGUAGUUUAGACCAACAGCUCUAGUCCCCUUUUAAGAAAGAAAAAGCCAUUAAUGAUAUUCAGUUGGGCUGGUUAACAAGAAAGCAUAAAGGGCUAGAACCUGUUUUUUUAGAAUUAGUGAUUUUUAUUGUGAUGCAUAAUGAAGACAGUGCAUGCAGAACAUAAGCAUAUAAACAAUAUACAAUAUUAACUGUACCAUAACAAAGCUGCAUGCUGUAAAUAUAGGAGGAAAAUGGGUAAAGGUAUUAAUGGGCACUGUGACAAAAGCACGCAGAACAAAAGCAUGUGGUCAAAAAUGUGCACAGCUAAUUGUACUUUCCAUCUCUGACAGUCAUGGUGAAAAAAAAAAAUUAGCAAAAACUGAAAAAAAAGGAUCUCUGCAUGUUUACAUGUUAUGAGCUUUAAGUUUUGACUUUGUGGAUAUUUUUCCUCUAGAGCUGGUGGUGUCUAAAUAGCAUACACUGGCUGAGAAAGUAUCCAUUCAUCCAUUUUUAAACAUAUUUAUCCUGAGUAUGUCCACAGGAAAGAUGGAGAGAACAUGCAAAGUCCACACAGGGAGUAUACAGAACAUUAAUCCUAGUUCCCCAUUUUGCAAAGCAGCAGUUCUACCACUGCACUACCCUUUGAGCUAGUAUACCAGAUUAUUUAUUUAUUUGUUUUGCGGGUUGGAUUUUGAGGAAAAUGUUUUACCAGUAGACUAAAAAUGAAUGCAAACUUGUUGAUACAUUUGAUCAUAAAACACAUCCUAUCACAUACAAUGCCAUAAAAUCUGUUUCCUUUUGCAUGCAUAUUUAAGGUAAUGUUUUUUGUUUAUGGAUUUGUAUGUAAACUAUGUUUAAUAAGUGAGUCCACACCAUGACUAUUACCCAGACUGAUCUGCGGUACACCGUAAUUGGUGUGUUGGUGCUGGCUGGCUAUGUGGCUUUGGCCCAACAUAGCUUGGAUUAAGUGAGUAUAAUAAUGUAUAUAUACUAAAAGCCAGCAAUUUGAAGCAGGGAGAUAGGCUGUAUCUUGUGCUGUGUUUACCUGGCAGUGAAUAUCUGCUAUCAGAUCAAUUUAAGCAGGUGACAUUGAGCAAACCUUUUAACAGGUAAGAAGGUGCGCCUCUGGUAUGUGUUAAUUGUUAAAAACAAUGCUUUAAUCCAAAAGGUAUAUACAAAUAAAUGAUACCGGUAUCUGCCAAAACUCUCUGUAAUUUCACUUAUAAUGUGAUAAUGGAUAUUUGGCCAUACUGCUCACUAUUACCCCCUUAUUAAUCAAUAUUUGUCUAGUUUAAAUGCUGCAGGCAACAUAUGGACAGAUGUUGCUUUUAGACUUAUUAUAAGAGACUGCAUGUAGUGUGGUGCAAUAAAUUACUCAGCAGUUACCCUUUUAUUUACUGUACAUGGGUUUGUGGUUUCUCCUUGUUUGUGUGUCUGUUUUUCCACAUUUUUUCAUAGAUAUUAUUUAAAAAAAUACAUUUCCAGCAAAUAAAAUUAUUCCAAGUCAUGUUUACAAAAGGUGUUUAUUUUUCCUCCACAUAUUGGUCACUGUACACUUCUCUGCAUAUGCUUUUAACACACUCACAUUUGUCAUGCCACAAUACUAAUGGUACUGUAUUGAUCAUCAACUUGUGAUGUUGUACUAUAUAUAAAGCAUUUUAUUAAUUUAUUAUAUCUUAUUUUUUUAAGUGAUAUACUAUGUUGUGGGUUUUGCAUGAAAAAAAAUUGAAUAGACAACAUUUCACUCCACAGGUAUUAAAAUAAAAAUGCUGUAUUUGUGUGUGUGCAUUGAUACUUAGGGAAUUGGCCUGGAAUAAAAUAAAGGACUGGAUAUGACCAGGGGUAGAAUAGUAAUAUAUAUUAAUGUUUUGACACAAAAAAAAUCUGUAGAGUUUAUGCAACCUAGAAAGUGUUACAGUGUUCAUACACACUAGGUAUAAUUAUUUAUUUCUUGUUAAGUUUUUAAUUCUCUUUUAAUUGCACAUUUAUAUAUAUAAUCUAGGAUUUCUCAUGCUCAUAAAAAAGCAAACAGCAAAUAUUCUGAAUUAUUACUCAAAUUUUAACAAAUGUAAAUGUAUGCAUAUGACAUUUAAAAAAUAUUUUAUACCUGCAAAUGUAUCCCUAUUUAACCUUUACUUUUAAAAGUUUCAUCACAUAAUAUAUGUCAAAAUAAUCUUGCUUAAUUUCUGUUGUAUGAAACUGUAAAGUAUUUUUGGUAAUAAAGGAAGUUUU